UUGUCAAAUUUGAGUCACCGGAUAUUUAACAGACACAAAAACCAAAAGCAACGAAAAAAUGAGAUGAUCGGAGCUGUUGGAUUGGGAGCGGUGGCGGCUUGCGUGGUGGUUCUAGUUCCGAUGGGCAUGGCAGGUUAUCAUCUCAGCCGCAACAAGAUGCUCUUCUUCAGCGGCGCCCUCUUCAUCACUCUCGCCAUCGGCGUCCACCUCACCCCUUACUUCCCUUCCGUCACCGACUUCGUCAACACCGUCUCCUCCGUCGUCGUCUUCCAAAGCCGCCGCGACUCCUGCCUCUCCCACCUCCACGACGUCGUCUGGGACGUCACUCCCGACGUCGACGACAACACUACGUCCCUCUAUUACCACAAGUCCUGGGCCUGGGACGCCUCCGCCGCCGCCGUCUCCGCCUGCGGAUUCCAGAAGCUCGGCCGGUCCGACGCCGCCGAUUUGCUCAACGGAUCCUGGAUCGUCGUCGCCGGCGACUCCCAGGCGAGGCUGGUGGCGGUGGCGCUGCUGGACCUGGUUUUGGAGCCGGAGAGGAUGGAGAAGAUUCGGAGCGACUUGUUCAAGCGGCACAGCGAUUAUCAGAUUGUGGCGGAUGAGAUUGGGAUGAGGUUAGACUUCUUCUGGGCUCCUUAUGCUCUCAAUUUGACUAGACUGCUUGAAGGUUUUAAUCGAAAUCGAAACUAUCCUGAUGUGUUGAUUGUGGCCUCUGGCCUCUGGCACAUGCUGCAUUUCACUAACGCAUCCGAUUAUGGAGCUUCAUUGCGUGUAUUGAGGGGCCGUGCUGCUUCUCUGGUCUCGUCGUUCGAGCACGAUGAAGCAGCGACAGGAUCGGUGCUGGCGAGGCCGCCGCCGCAUCUGUUCUGGAUCGGGAUGCCUACGUUGAUAAAUUCGAUGCUGAAUUCGGAGGAGAAGAGGGAGAGGAUGACUGACGCGUUGAGGGCCGCGUAUGAGGAGCAGCUUCGAGAGAGUAGUCUUGUGCGCAAUGGGCCGUUUUUACUGCUGGAUGUUGAGUCGUUGAGCUGGAACUGUGGGGUGAGGUGUACGGCGGAUGGUAUGCACUAUGAUAGGCCGGUUUAUGAGGCCGCGCUUCAUAUCAUGCUCAAUGCAUUGCUUAUCGAAUCACAUCAGAAGCUUUGAGUUGUCUUGCUGUGUUUAUGAGUUGUCCUUACUCAUGCAUUGUGUCCUGCUGCUGCGCGAUUGGAGGUGGAAAAAAUUGUAUGGAACUCUUCGAUUAUUGUGAGAGGUUGGUUGGCUUUUUGCUUCUUCUCUUUUAUCUUGUGUCAUUGAGUAGAAAAGUUUUGCGUCUUUUGGUUGCUGGCAUGGGGAUUGUGUUAGAAUAGAAUUUCUGUGAUAUAGGAACUGUUGUUGAAAUUCAUGUGUAUCUCGCUUACAUUUCAUUGAAUAUUGAAUAUACUUGCAACCACUUGUAUCCUACACUGCAUACUCAGAAGACAGUUCACAUUGAAUGUUGAUGUAAUUUGAUGUGAAACAAUUCAGAAUACAAUUUACCCGAAUAGGAAAGGAAUCCUUGCUUUCUCUUU